GAAUUGUGAAAAUAAAAAAUUAUUUUAAUAAUUUUAUUGUGAAAAAUUUUAAUACAAGUGUUUUAUUUGUGUAUGUGUUUAUAUUUAAAAUAAUAAUACUGUGUAUUUAAAGUGAGGCAUCAAUAUUGGAUUAAAAUUUGGAUUAAUAAUUAUUUAAAAUUAUUAUUAAAAAAAAAGUGGACAGUCUUCGUGGCUGUACGUAUGAAGGUCCCAUGGCUACCGGAUUGGUGAAGUGGUGGCGAGCUAGAUUCCUCGCUGGCUACAAGCCCUUUUCCGUUGUUGGUGGUAUUGCUGAGGGCAGUGAUUCAGAAGAAUUAUUAGGAGCUGGUGUACCAUCACCAUGUUCAAGUCCAUCUACACCAUUACCAGCAACAUUACUUGUUGUUACACCAGAUACAAUACCAGCUGUAACAUCACAAGCAUCAACACAAAAUACUCAAAAUGAUUGUGAACAACAAACAAGCAUUCCUAAUGCAACACGACAACUCAACUUUGAGGAGUUUGAAUGUGACGUCUCAGUGGCUGAGGGAAAUAGAAAGAGACAAGAAUUUUCAUUUACAUUAUAUGAUUUUGAUGGACAUGGUAAAAUAACAAAAGAUGAUAUUGCUGGUUUAGUAACAACAAUAUAUGAUACACUUGGUGCAUCAAUACAAGUACCACCAUGUGGUAGUAAAACAAUUAAAGUUAAGUUAACAGUAUCACCAGAUAAAAAUACAGCAACAGCAUCAACAAUGACACCAAAUCAUAAUGCAACAUCACCAUUACCAACUGCAGCAUCAUUAGCUGCUGGUACAACAACAACAAGUUUAAAUACAAGUACAAAAUUGUCAAAUAAUUUACCAAAUAAUAUUGGUAAUAAUAAUACAUCAUCAUGUUGUCAUAAUAAAAAUGUUAAUUCAUGUAGUCAUGGUAAUAAUUCAAAUCGUAGAAUACCAAGAAGACGAAGAAUUAUUCGUAGUCGUGCUGAGCCAAGACGACUUGUUGAAUCGCACAGUGAAGAUGAUGCUGAUAAUGUACCACCAUUACCAGUAUCACAAACAAAACAAGAUGAAUUAAGAAAAAGAGUUGGACCAGUUCCUAAUUUACCAUCACCAUAUUCAAAUAGUUCUGAGGGUGAUGUUAGUGAUGAUAGUGAUUUAUCACCAUCUAUAACACCAUCUAUAACACCAUUAACACCAUUAACACCACUUGUUACAAAACAACGUAAACGAAGUGGCUCAAUGCAAAGACAACAAUUACUUGAAAUAAUACAAGCUAAUAUGGAAAAAAAUAAUCUCAGUUUUCAUGCAUCAAGAAAACGAUAUCAGAGUGAACAACAACAAAGAAGUCCUUACAGUGAGCCAACAAGUCCUUAUAAUAUACAAAAAAAUUAUCAACAAUCAUCAGAAUCAACACCACGUCAACAAGUAACAACGACAAUUUAUCAUAAACCAAUAAGAGAUUAUUCAAAUAAAAAUACAACAAAUACAAAAACAAAAUAUCGUAUUAAUUUACGUAAAAAUAGAAAUCAACAUAAUACAACAACAACAACAACAUCAACACAAAGAAAUAGUAAAUUAACACCAGAUAAAUCAUUACGUAAUAAUUUACAAUCAUCAUCACCAGUUGUUACACAAAAUAUAUUAAAUACAGAACCAAAUAAACAGUGUAAUAAUAAUAUAAAUAAUAAUAAUAACAAUAAUAAUAAUACAAAUAACAAUAAUAAUAUUAAUAAUAAUAUUAAUAAUGAUAUUGAUUAUUUAAAUACAUUACAAAGUUUGAAUAAAACAAGUAAAAAACAUCAAUUAAAACAUGCUACAAGAGAACAAGAUCAAGCAAGAGCAAUGUCACAAGUUGUCAAGUGGUUGGAGACUGAAUUUAAACAAAAAGAAUCAGCAACAAGUGGUGCUAGUGGAAGACAUCAUGUGCAUGAACAUAUACAUCAUCAUUAUCAUCAUUAUGCUGAACCAGCAAUUGUUUGAAGAUGAAAAAAAAAAAAAAAAUGUAAAAAACAUUUAUUAAUGUUUUUCUUUUUUUUUUUAAAUUUAUAAAUGGUUCCAUUAAUAGACUGAUUGACUGACUCGAGGGCCGCAAAAUUAAUCUUUUUAAUUUAAUUUACAAAUUUUUUUUUUUUUCUUUUGAAAAAUAAUUAAAUGAUCAAAGAACUUAAUUAAUAAUUUUAUACAUAUAUAUAUAUAUAUUUGUUUUUCCUAAUUUUUAUAUAAUGUACUAUAUAAUUAUUUAGAAAAAAAAAAAAAAAUUAGGAAGAUUAUAUUUGUACAAUUUAGAGUUGGGAUAUUUUUUUUUUUUAAUAAUGAAAAAAAAUUUAUAUAUAUUUUUUUUGGCAAUCGAGACUGUCUAGCCGUGCUUGCCC